AGGAGCCGGGGGCGGAGCUGCGAGGAGAAGGGGAGGAGCCACGCCUUUGACGGAUGGAGGGCCGAGUGGGCGGGGCCGACGGAGAGGAUCUCUUGCCUGCACAGCCUCUCCUACCCUCCGGCGCGGGAGCGAAAGCUCCACGUCACCGGGGUCUCCUGGAGUUCCACCGGCGCCGUGGUGGCCUGCUCCUACGGCAGAUUGGACGACGGCGACUGGGGGGCCGACAAAUCCUACGUCUGCGCCUGGAACCUCGACCGCCGGGCCCCCGACCCCCAGCGCCCCGAUCUGGUCCUGGAGGCCCCCAGCGCCGCCAUGGGGCUGGCCUUCCACCCGCGCCGCCCCUCCGUCCUCGCCGUGGGGCUGUUCAGUGGGGAAGUCCUGGUCUGGGACACCGGCCGGCCGGAAGACCCACUGAUCUGGAGGAGCGGCAUGACGGACGACUCGCACACGGACCCCGUGUACCAGGUGACCUGGCUCCCGGGCGACAAACAGCCCCGCCUCCUCAGCGCCUCGACGGACGGCAAGAUCCUCCUCUGGCAGGAGGGGCGGGACGGGCUUCUCGAACCCGCCGCCGGCUUCGCCUUGGCCUUGCAGCAGAUCCCCCGGGGGGCCAGGCCCAAGAAG